AUGGACCUUUUCCCAUAUGAGUCAACUCUCCCUACUAAGGGUGGUGCGCGCGUGGAAAAUCCUUUCAGUGCGCGGAAAAUUCGUGCCGUGACCACCCCAAAGAUGUCGUCCGAUCAUUUAACGGUUGUGGAAGUUCCACAAAAUCGCUUUGACGACGCGAUCCACCACUUAAAAUGGAAUUUCUUUUCCGACGAACCGUUGAAUCACGCGGUAGGACUCUGCGGGAAAGGAGAGAGUCAGUUCGAGCUGGAAAGACACUGCGUGCUCACUUUAAAACAGGGAUACUCGAGGAUGCUGGUGGAUCAGAAUGGGACGAUAGCUGGUAUGGCUCUGAAUGGUAUACUGAAGAAGGGAGAGCGCGAAGAAGCUGAGCGUCGGCUGGCCGAAUUGAACGACGAGAAAUUCAAAAUAAUAUUCGGGCUCCUCUACAAAGUUAAUGAAAAAAUCGAUCUUUUUUCCAAGUACAAUGUCGACGAGUUAUUCGAAUGUCGAAUUCUUAGUGUCGAUGAAAACUUCCGUGGAAAGGGUUUAGCAAACGUUCUGAUGGCAGACAGUAUAGAAACGGCAAAAAAUGCUGGUUUCAAGGUAUUCAAAGCUGACGCGACGGGAAUGUUUUCGCAGAAAGUAUGCUUGAAACAUGGUUUUCAGGUAGAGGCUGAGAUCCCUUAUACGGAUCUCCACGAAUCAAUCAGACCUGCCCCUCCCCAUCAGGCUUUAAUGCUGAUGGUGAAGGUGUUAAAUUAAAUACAUACAUAUAUGUAGAAAGAGAGAGAACAAAAUGAGAUUUGACGUUAAUCUUGAGAAAUCUUUAAUAA